GUUGUCGUAAUGGAUUGGAAGACAUUUCAGGGUAUCCUGAGUGGUGUAAAUAAAUACUCAACAGCAUUCGGUCGCAUCUGGUUAUCGGUGGUCUUUGUGUUCCGAGUACUUGUUUAUGUGGUUGCAGCAGAGAAAGUUUGGGGUGAUGAACAAAAAGACUUUGAUUGUAAUAUUCGGCAACCAGGGUGCAACAAUGUCUGCUAUGACCAUUACUUUCCCAUCUCACAUAUCAGGCUCUGGGCCCUCCAGCUUAUCUUUGUUACCUGCCCGUCUCUUUUGGUUAUAAUGCAUGUAGCCUAUAGAGAGGAACGAGAGAAAAAGAACCGCCUAAAGAAUGGAGAAAACUGCUCCAAGCUAUACUCCAACACAGGAAAAAAGCAUGGUGGUCUGUGGUGGACCUACCUUUUGAGCUUGUUCUUUAAAACUGGUAUUGAAAUUGCUUUCCUUUACAUAUUGCAUAAAAUGUGGGAUAGCUUUGAUCUGCCACCCCUUGUAAAAUGUUCAAAUAUUGACCCCUGCCCUAAUAUAGUAGACUGUUACAUAGCCCGUCCCACAGAGAAAAAGGUGUUCACAUAUUUUAUGGUUGCAGCUUCUGCUCUCUGCAUCAUCCUCAACAUCUGUGAAAUAUUCUACCUUUUAUUUAAAAGGAUACUGAAUUGCAUGAACAAAUACAAGACGUCUAGCAAACGCUCUGUGACCUACAACAAAGCUUCCACCUGCCAAUGCCACAUUCAUCUGGAUACCACUGAAAACAAACUCAUGAACAAAACACUGGAGUCUAUACGGGCAUCUGCACCUAACCUGACAACCAUCUAAUCCAGAAACAGUUGGAUGAAACAUUAUAAGCACCUGUAUUAUAAAAAUAGGUUGGGAUAU